AUGCUUCAUCUCGCUCUACUUCCCUUCCUCGCCGCACCGGUUGCGGCCCACCUAUCAAUGUGGCACCCUUCGAUGUACGGCUUUGAGGGUGACAACCCGUACGCGUGGGAGGCCAUCAAGCCGCUUGCUCGUCUCAACUUCAACCAGUGGUGGUUCCACGGUGACAUUGACAGACCUCCUGCCGAUGGCCAGGUCUUCAACCUCCCCGCUGGCGGCGUUGCCCACAUGGAGGUCGGCUGCCAGAAGAGUGUCACCUCCUACGGCGGCCGCAAGAACCAGGACCUGUCCUGCGACGAAUGGGGCCCGAUCCACCUCUGGCAGAACAACCGCGACGACGUCACUGGCUGCGCCAUUGCCAUUGCCUACGAGUCCAACGUCCACGCCAUUAAGCCCGAGGACUUUACCGUCAUCUCCACCAACCGGUCGUGCCCUUACACCCGCGACGUGACCUUUGAGAUUCCCGACCAGCUCCGCGAGUGUCCCCCUGGUGGGUGCCACUGCAUGUGGGGCUGGGUCCACUCGGCCAUGGGUGGCGGUGAGGAGAUCUAUUUCAACGGUUUCAAGUGCCAGGUGACCGGCGCCAACCCGAACGCUCCCCAGAUGCCGCGCGCCCAGCCUCCCAAGAAGUGCUCGGACGGCGGUUGCCAGCAGGGAGCCAAGCAGCCCAUCUACUGGAUCCAGAACGAGGGCAACAACAUCUUCAACGACGUCGCCGACCCCCCCUUCUACAACGAGAAGUACGGCUACGCCAACGGUGCCCAGAACGACAUCUGGGGCGAGGGCUCCGGCACUGCAAACGGCAGCGGCAACUCGGGCAACAACGGCAGCAACUCGGGUAACAACAACAACGGCAACGGCAACUCGGGUAACAACAACGGCGGCAACGGCAACUCGGGUAACAACAACGGCGGCAACGGCAACUCGGGUAACAACAACAACGGCAACGGCAACUGGGGUAACAACGGCAACGGCAACGGCAACGGCGACGGCAACGGCGACGGCAACUCGGGUACCAACAACUCGGGCAACGGCAACGGCAACAACUGGGGCAAUGGCGGUGACGGUGAGAGCUCCAGCUCUAAGACCCGCACCCGUACCCGUACCCGCACCCGUACCCAAGACUGGCAGGAAUCGUCGACCACGACCAACAGGUGGGAGGCGAGCACGACCGACAACUGGGAGGCGUCCACGACCAACAACUGGGAGCCCACGUUCACCUCGUACAACCCCUCGCCUUCCGGCGGGGGCAGCGACGACUGGAACAACCUGGUCGCCAACGCGACCAGCUCGGACGUCCGCUCUUCAGCGACGAUCCCUACUCCAAGCCCGUCCGGAAACGAGCCUGAGCCUGCCCCUACCGGUGGCUCGUGCCAAGCCCACCAGCGCCGCUCGCGUCAGGUUCGCGUUCGCCGUCUCAAGUCCUUGGUGGAGGAGAAGUGA